AAGCUAAAACCUGCCUAGACGCAAAUUUAAUGGCUGUAUAUUUUGAUGAAGAUAACUAACAACAAUGUUUGCGGAGCACAGUUGCUGCUGUUGCUGUUACUCGGUGAGAGCUUUGAAUAUCAUUGACUAUGAGAAAAGAUGCAGGCGUUAUUUAUCUCGAUGUGCGCCGAGUUUGAAGUGGGCUCUAUUGUCACUGGAAUCUCUAACAGAAGAGUGCAAAGUAAGGACUGAUAUAAAUGCCGUUGAGUAUGACUUUUACCCAUUGUUCAAUUUUUUGAAAGGAUUGCCGGUGACUCUACCAUUUGAAACAAGCAACAUCAGCUUGAUGACAAGACUAAAGUAUCUGUAUUUUAAAAGGAAGUUGCUGACCAUAUUGAAGGACAAUUUCUUCAACGACUAUAUAAACUUAACAAAGAUGCAUUUGAAAACCUCUAAAUGCAGUGCACACAUUGAAGAAGUGAUCAGAAAAUUCAUUAAAGUCUGUACUGUGUUGGAUCUUCAGACAGAACUGACCAGAGAAGAUGUGCACCAAUACGAGUUCAUGGCAGAUCUUCUGAAAGUUUGCUAUGAAGCAAAUAUACAAGACAGCCAGAUGGUCACAACUUUAGUCAAGAUGGUUAUUGACAGAUGUAAAGUUGAACUUUCGGACAUCAGAUAUGUAAAGCAACCCCACUAUCCCCUGGAGUUUUUCAAGUAUAUUCUGGAACAUGUGAUCAAUGCAAAGUUCGAUAUCGUCUCAUAUUGCAACGACAAUCCACGAACUCUCUGGGAGUAUUCUAGAAAUUUUUCAGUGUAAGUGCUGUUUCUUUUGGAAAUAAAGAUCGGACUUUGGCUCUUCUGAAAUAUGGCUUUGAAGUUUUUCCAGAAUAUGAGGCGAGAAGAAGCGGUCAUGGAUUUCCUUUUAUAGAAGAAGUUGUACCAAAGGCACACCAAAUUGUCUUACAGAUGAUGUCCGUCAUGCGAUCUCUCAACCUCAUCAUAAUGAAUUCGACACAUUAUUCCAACAACGGUCUUCUUACUCUCACAAAAGAUCAAAAGGAAUGUUUCCGCUUAAUUUGGAGAGCAAUUCCUGAGGCAUUUGUCAAGUUUGCUGAAAUGGGACUGAGUAUUACCGCUGAAUACUUCCACCUUGCCCAACAUGGUAUUCUGGAACCGGUACGCUAUGAAGAAAACACUAAAUCAUGUAUUAUGUAUGAAAUGUGUUUCAAGGACAUGGCAUCAGGUGCAAGAGAGCCUCGGUCCUUACAACAUCUAUGUCGAUGCACUGUUCGAAAAUCUUUACGUGAAUCGUGGAAUUUACCUCAUGGAAUAUACAAGUUAGGCUUACCAAAGAUCUUGGAACUCUACCUGAAUCUCGAAUUUGAUUAAGCAUUAUAUUAAUAGAUGCUGCGAUUUUCGUUUAAAAUAGGAUCUGUUUGUAUAAAAAUAUUUAUAUUUAUUCUCUUGUAUUUUUAUUGUGGUAUAUAUUGUAAUAAAGUAAAUUGGG